AUGGCCGAGGACUUGACGGCGCAAGUCCUCAGCGCCGUAAACAGCGCCAAUGGUCCAGUCUUGACCUCGAAAGCAUUUCCAGACGCCGAAUUCAACACGAUCAAGUCAGCCAUUGACAAGCUACGAUCUCGUGGAUACCUAGAAGCAAAACAAGUGGACCGUCUCGAGCUUGUGCCUACAGAAGAAGGCACAGCCAUUGUACAACAUGGCAGCCAGGAAGCACGAGUGUACAACGCAAUAAAGGAGAAGGGAAAGGUACCUGUGAAAGAAUUACCUUCUCUGAUCGGAGAUGCCAACGUCGCAAAGUUCGGCCAGAUGGCUGCAUUCAGAAACAAAUGGGUAAAAAAGGACGGUGAUAUGCUAGUACCCCUGGUCGACUCGAUAAAAGAUGUGACUGGAGACCAACUGAAAGAGAUUGCGGAUAAGAAGACUUUGUCUGAUUCCAAAGCAGCAGCGGACCUGAAGAAAAGAAAGCUGGUUACAGAACGAAAAGUUGUGACUUUCGAGAUACAAAAAGGACCAAACUUCUCGACGGAGUUUGUGAAAGAACAGACAGACUUGACUGCAGAAAUGCUUGCAGAUGGUUCUUGGGAAACGAUUAAGCUAAAACCAUACAACUUCAAAGCAAAAGGUGCUCCAACACCAUCAGGAGCACUACACCCUUUGAAUAAAGUGCGGCAAGAGUUCCGGGAGAUCUUCUUCGAGAUGGGCUUCGAGGAGAUGCCAACCAACAAGUUUGUUGAAACUGGGUUCUGGAACUUCGACGCCCUUUUUGUGCCGCAACAGCAUCCAGCACGAGAUCAACAAGAUACUUUCUUUAUUUCAGACCCUCCCAAAGCAGACCCGCCAAGAGAAGAUCCUCCUUCACAAGUUUUAGAACAGUUAUCGUUGUCAGAUCCUAACCAUCCAGAUGCCUCGAUAAAUCCUUCGCAGAGACAACAGAACGGCCCGAAGGUAGAUUAUCAGCAAUAUUGGGAGAACGUCCAAGCAGUACAUCAAGACGGCAAAUAUGGCUCAACAGGUUACAAAUACCCGUGGUCGAAAGACGAGUCGUUAAAACUGGUACUCAGGACACAUACCACGGCCAUCUCAACGUACAUGUUGAAAAAGCUAGCUGAGAAUCCUAGACCAAUACGAUACUUCUCUAUAGAUCGAGUCUUUAGAAAUGAGACUGUCGAUGCUACACAUUUGGCAGAGUUUCACCAAGUCGAGGGUGUGAUAGCAGAUUGGGGCUUGACUCUUGGAGGCCUGAUAGGCUUCAUGGAGGUCUUCUUUGCCAAAAUGGGCAUCACGGACUUGCGAUUCAAACCUGCGUACAACCCUUACACCGAGCCGUCAAUGGAAAUCUUUUCUUAUCACAAAGGUUUAGGGAAGUGGGUCGAAAUUGGCAAUUCCGGAAUGUUCAGACCUGAGAUGUUAGAGCCUAUGGGUCUGCCAAAGGAUAUGAGGAUAUACGGUUGGGGCCUGUCCUUGGAACGUCCGACCAUGAUUAAAUAUGGCGUGUCGAACAUUCGUGAACUGCUCGGUCACAAAGUUGACCUUAACUUCAUUGAGACUAACCCUGCAGUGCGUCUCAACAAGGCCUAA